AUGUCAGCAAACAAGAAGAGGGUGUCCAAGAAGGAUAAAUCAAAAUCUGCCCAAGCCGGAUUAAACUUUCCUGUUGACGGUAUUCAUCGUUUGCUUUGCAGGGGUAACUACGCUGAUCGGAUUGGUGCCUGUACUUCGGUUUAUCUUGCAGCAGUGCUUGAAUAUUUUUCUAGUGAAAUUUUGGAACUAUCUGGAAAUUAUUGGUUAAAAAUGUCAAAACUAGCAAAGAAGGACAAAAAGAAGAAGGGUAAAUUAAGAUUUGCUCCGACUGGACUGAACUUUCUCGUUGGCCGUAUUCGUCGUUCAAUGCACAGUGAUAAAUACGCUGUACAAAUUGGUGCUAAUACUUCAAUGUACCUUACGGUAGUGCUUCAGUACCCCAUUAUUGAAGCUUUGCAAUUGGCUGGAAAUGCGACACAUAGCAAUAAAAAGCACCGAAGCUAUGUGGAACGACGGUGA